CUUAUUCCUGGGGUCUCUCACGAAUGCUGUUCCCUUCAUGUAUUCAUCUUUGUCAUCUUGGCGGUUUCCCUUGAGGUUUGUAUCAGCUCUGUGGAAUUAAUUUUCAUUUGAAUGGAGCUGGAGGUGAUUUAUAAAACAAAUAAACAAACCAGAAGAGGCCUCAUCAUCCCCAGGUUGUAUUUGCUGUCAGAAGUGAAUUUACAGAAGAGUUUCCUGACUCAGAAACACCUUUUUGGUCAUCUACUCCGGACUUUGAAAGAGAUUUACCCAGCACAGUGCGUUCCAUCCCAUCUGCCAAGGAGCUGAUUGUUCUCCAAGAAUCCCGGUGGCCUCUGCUAGCGUUUCCACUGGUACCGGCUGUUGCACCAUCGCCACAGGUUGCAAGAACUCCUUGUAGCUUCAAGAAUGCUCAGAAUCAGAGUGGUUUUAAUGGGCACAGUGGUUCCUCCUAUCAUGAUGAAUGAGUGGCACACGAUGCUUCAAAGACCUUAUGGCAAAGAUUGCUCAGCUUUGGCUCCUCAGUAUCUUUGCAGGUGACUUAGAAUUUGCAGAAGUGCAAAUUAUUCCAAGACCAGAAGAGAUGGAUGGCUGCUCCUGGCCACGCCGACUGUAGCCCAUCACCAUUUCCCAGACUAAUCGUGCUGGCAAACAGAACGUAUUUACUCCUACCAUGUCUGUCACUUGGGAGUUAAGACCUUGCAUCUCUGCUAGUGGAAGGGAUCACGUGUUACAGAAGAGGAGAAGGCUGCAGAACUGCAGAAAACAAAGACUAUACCACCUGUAAACAGACUGACAGUGGAUAUGGUGGAACUAGAAGCUCUCAGAAAGUCUGUGGAGGACUUUUUCUGCUUUUGCUAUGGUAAAGCUUUAGGAAAGUCAACAGUAGUACCUGUGCCCUAUGAGAAGAUUCAGAGGGACCAGUCUGCUGUGGUAGUGCAGGGCCUGCCCGAAGGACUUGCAUUUAAACACCCAGCAAACUACGAUGUUUCAACCCUGAAAUGGAUUUUGGAAAACAAGUCAGGGAUCUCAUUUAUCAUCAAAAGGCCUUUCUUAGAGCCAAAGAAACACCUAGGAGCUCAUAUGACAGAUCCUUCACAUUCAAUUAUACCUCCAGGUGGAAGUUGUCCUCCUAUUCAAGUGAAAACGGAACCAAACGAGGAUUCUGGAAUUUCUUUGGAAAUGGCAACAGUAGCAGUGAAGGAGGAAUCAGAUGAUCCUGACUACUAUCAAUAUAAUAUUCCAGCAGGCCCUUCCGAAACAUCAGAGAUGGAUGAAAAAAUUGCUCUUGCAAAAAGUUACACAGAUGCCACCCAGCAUGCCCCUUCAGAAACCAGUGAGGAUCCUGAGGUCGAGGUCACCAUCGAAGAUGAUGACGACUACUUGCCCCCUAACAAGAGGCCUAAGAACACGGAGUCAGCUAAUGAAGCUGCCAAUACUGGGAGAAGAAAAGUGAGAGAGUUCAAUUUUGAGAAAUGGAAUGCACGAAUUACAGAGUUGAGAAAGCAAGUUGAAGAGCUGUUUGAAAAAAAAUACGCUCAAGCUAUAAAAGCGAAAGGUCCAGUGUCUAUCCCAUACCCACUCUUCCAGUCUCAUGUGGAAGACUUGUAUGUGGAAGGGCUGCCAGAAGGAAUUCCCUUCAGGCGGCCAUCCACCUACGGCAUUCCCCGUCUUGAGAGGAUACUUCUAGCAAAGGAGCGGAUCCGGUUUGUGAUUAAAAAGCAUGAGCUUUUGAAUUCGACACGAGAAGAUGUGCCAUUGGACAAACCAGUUGCAGGAGUGAAGGAGGAGUGGUAUGCCAGAAUCACCAAACUGAGAAAGAUGGUAGAUCAACUCUUCUGUCGGAAGUUUGCUGAGGCCCUGGGGAGCACUGAGCCUAAAGCUGUUCCAUACCAGAAAUUUGAGGCCCAUCCUACUGACCUCUGUGUUGAAGGGCUGCCAGAGAACAUCCCCUUUAGGAGUCCCUCCUGGUAUGGAAUCCCUCGCCUUGAAAAAAUAAUUCAAGUGAGCAACAGAAUAAAAUUUGUGAUCAAACGGCCGGAGCUGCUAACUCUCACUUCAACUGAAGUUAUUCAACCCAGGUCGAAUACCCCAGUCAAAGAAGACUGGAACGUCAGGAUCACAAAGCUAAGAAAGCAAGUAGAAGAGAUAUUUAAUAUGAAGUUUGCCCAAGCUCUGGGGCUUUCAGAGGCAGUGAAAGUUCCCUAUCCUGUAUUUGAAUCAAACCCUGAAUACUUGUACGUCGAAGGCUUGCCAGAAGGAAUCCCCUUCCGGAGUCCCACAUGGUUUGGAAUUCCACGCCUUGAAAGAAUUGUCCGUGGGAGUGGCAAAAUCAAAUUUGUUGUUAAAAAGCCUGAGCUUGUCACUUCCUAUUUGCCUCCGGGACUGGCUAGUAAAAUAAACACUAAAGCAAUGAGUCCAAAGAGUUCAAAAAGGUCACGAAGUCCUGCAGGCAAUUCACAGGUCCCAGAGAUUGAAGUUACUGUUGAAGAAGGUCCUAAUAAACCACAAACAACAGAUGUUCGAACUAAUUCUCAAACCAAUGGGUCCAAUAUGAGUUUCAAGCCACGAGGAAGAGAGUUUUCUUUUGAGGCAUGGAAUGCCAAAAUUACUGACUUAAAGCAGAAAGUAGAAAAUCUUUUUAAUGAAAAAUGUGGUGAAGCACUGGGGCUGACUGAACCAGUGAAGGUGCCAUUUGCGUUGUUUGAAUCCUUCCCGGAGGUUUUCUAUGUGGAAGGCCUGCCCGAGGGGGUGCCAUUCCGCCGACCUUCUACUUUUGGCAUACCAAGACUAGAGAAGAUCCUGAGAAACAAAUCAAAGAUAAAAUUCAUUAUUAAAAAGCCUGAGAUGUUUGAGGCGGCUGUUAAGGAAAGUUCUGCUAGAAGCCCCCAAAGAAAAAAUAAUUCAUCUAAUAUAGCCAAUACAGCAAGCACCACAACAAAUGCAGUGGUGAACACAGCUGCAGGUGUUGAAGAUCUUAACAUCAUUCAAGUAACUAUACCAGAUGAUGAAAGUGAGCGACUGUCAAAAGUAGAGAAGGCCAGACAAUUGAGAGAGCAAGUAAAUGAUCUUUUUAGCCGGAAAUUUGGUGAAGCCAUUGGUAUGAAUUUUCCUGUGAAAGUCCCAUACAGAAAAAUCACUAUCAACCCUGGCUGUGUGGUGGUGGACGGGAUGCCUCCUGGCGUGGCAUUUAAAGCUCCCAGUUAUCUGGAAAUCAGCUCGAUGCGGAAGAUUUUGGAAUCAGCAGAGUUUAUCAAAUUCACUGUCAUUCGACCAUUUCCAGGACUUGUGAUUAACAAUCAGCUGAUGGAAAAAGCUGAAGCAGAAGCACCACCAACAGCACCAGCAGCAGCACCAGUACUACCAGAGCCAGCUGAACCCAGCCAAAUAGAAGUAUCUGUCGGAGAUAUUACAGAAACAGAAGAAAGUUCUCAAAUAAAGCAAGAACCAGACCCAACGUGGUAGACCACAUCAAUACUAGUUGGAAGCAUCCACUUCUGAGAAGAGCCUGCCGGGACUGUCCUGAGCUGUGUAAUAUAACUGUAUAAGAGAAGUACCUUCUAUACAAACCCUUUUUGUACUUUUAGAUAGAAAUGUCUACUUUUUCAGCAGUUCUGUGAAUUGACUUAAAGCAAAGAAUGACUGUAGAUUUGGAAUGGCUGGUUUUACUUUGGAAUAUAUUAUGAGGACUGAAUUUGAUGCAGCAAUGCUGGGGAGAUGACAGGGAUUAAAAUCAACAGGGACUUAACAGAGGCUGUCUCCAUUUCCCAGUACAGCUGAAUUUCACUGUACCUGAAUGCAUCUCAGCUUUUGUAAUGAAGAAAAAUUCCUGCAAGUAACUCAGUUAGUUUUACUUUGGGGAAAAAAAAAAAAUCAUUAAUUUUUGGUUCUUACUCCUUUAAUGGCUGAUUGGACAAUAGUAUCUGUAUAUUUGAACUAAUUUUUCCUAUUAUAUCUAUCACAAUUCAUAUGUUUUUCAUAAAUAAAAGAUAAACUGGUUCACUUGACCGUUAGUACGCAUUAAUGAGAUGGACUGUGAAAUGGUCAGUAUUUCAGUGUGUGGAUUAGGAACCGAUUUAAAUUAAACCCUGUUAUAGUUUGUUCCAUUAAUUCAAAGUAGUAAGUGCAUGUUUUAUCAGAAUAUCACGUGGUUUAUAUAUGAUGGGGCUGGUCCUGCAGUCCUAAUGUAGGCAAAACUCGCAUGGGCCUGUUUGAGAGCUUCUCUCCUGCAGGCUGUGGGGGAUGCCCUUCUGUUCAUAGAGAACUAGCUAUGGAAACGUAUGCUACGAGCUACUGUAAGUCCUGCGAUGUCAAAAGUUAAGUCCCCUAUAGUCCAGGUUGCACCCCACAUCACGCGAGAGACUCAUGUACGCUUUUUUUUUUACGUUUCACAAACCGUAAGAGAUGUAAAGUUCUGGCUAUAUGACUAUAGAGAAGAUGCAGAUUAUUGUAAAGGUUUCUCUUUUAUUGGCAUGAGUUUGGGAUGACUGCAUUAUGCACAAAUGGUAAACCUUAUUCCCUGAAUAA